UUUCUUGUUCAUGUGUACAGAGUAAAAAAAUAUGUGGUCGAUGAUAUUCCAGUGUGAAAAUAACGAUUACAGAAUAAUUAACAUGCAAUGUGGUUUUACCUCAACAAAGUGGCUGUAGUUUAGUGGUAAGAAUUCCACGUUGUGGCCGUGGAGACCUGGGCUCGAAUCCCAGCAGCCACACUUUAACUAAUUGUUUUAUAUUUUAAUAACUUUGAUUUAUGCUUUUCCAAACUUAUUUCGGAAUUAAAAUAUAUUCCAUAAAUAGUAAUUAAUUUCCUUUUUUUUUUCUUUAAUUUAGACAAUACUGUAACAUCCCAGAAUUUCCUAGCCGUUGGAUCAAUUUUUAUUUAAUCUAUUAAUUUAAAAAUAUUUUCCGUAAAACAUAUUCAGGAUCUCAUCUAUAUAAUCACCUUCAAAAAUUGCAAAUAACAAUUUCUCUAGUCACAUAUUUAUUUCCUUAUUAUAAUUUAGAUAAUAAUGGAAAAUGACAGAAAUUGGUAGCCGUUAGAUUAAUAAGAACGUUGCCACCAGCCGUAUUUAAAAAGUAAAGCCUCAUCAGCUUAAAGCCCCCUCCCACAAAAGUAUCCGUUACAAACUCUACUCUCUCUCUCUCUCUCUAACUUUCUCUCUCCAAAUCCAAGGAAGAGUUCUAAUGGCAACUUCAGUUGAAUCUCCAUCCCCUGUUUCCCUCAACAAGAGAUCUCCAAGCUUGAGGUGCUCUUCUCCUCCAAUGUUCAGCCCCUGCUCCGACAAGAGCUUCUGGAGCACACUCCGAAGCCGUACUGAAACCCUAAUCGAGAAUCGGAAGCCAUUAGACAACCCGCCGCCGGCUGUAAUGAAUGGGGAACAAAUUGACCGGUCGAGGAGAUUGAAGGAGGACUCCAUGCUUCUGCUGAGAGGGUUUGAUUCUGUGGCGCAGUCUCUUUCACAGCUUUCGAACAAUCUGGAGAAUGCCCUUCAGGGAGCUAAAGAUCUAGCUAGACCACCACCUGUGUUGGCCGACAUAGUUCAUGCCGACGGCACCCUUGAAAAAGCGAAAAUCGAGAAAAGUUCAUCAAAUGAAGAGAAGAAAGAUGAACAAGAAGAAGAUGAUGAAGUAGACAAAAGAGGAUUGAAGAGAAAGUUGGAUUCCAAAGAAUGUAUUGAGGAUGAUCAAGUGGAACAAGAUUCACACAAACCAGAAGAAAAGGGCCUGGAGAAAAUUAAAAAAGCCAAAAAUCUGGCGAUUUCGAUGGCGACAAAAGCAGCUACCAUGGCCAUAGAAUUGAAGUCAAUUAGGUCAGAUUUGGGGUUCAUGCAGGAUAAAUGCGCCCUAUUAGAGGAAGAAAACCGGAAACUUCGUGAAGGAUUAGCCAAUGGCAUCCCACCCGAAGAAGACGACCUGGUGAGGCUUCAACUGGAAACCCUCCUAGCGGAAAAAUCGAGACUGGCGAACGAAAACGCGAAUUUGACUAGGGAAAACCAAAACCUGCUCCAGCUCGUGGAGUACCAUCAACUGACAACACAAGAUCUCUCAGCAUCUUAUGAGGAUCUAAUCAGGGGAAUGGGCCUCGAUUUCUCUUCGCCACCGGAAAAUGCUGAUGAUGACGAAAGGCGACCUUUGAGAACAUCACAUGCAGAUAUACUUGGAUUCUCCAAAUCAUUAGAUGAAUGUUUCGAUGAAGAAGAAGAGUAGGUGGUAGGGCAAACACAAACUUUCGUGUGCGGUGCACUUUCUGUUGUGCAUGACAUUAUUAUUUAUUCGAUCGUAAUGUAUGUUUUCGUUACUCUUUAAUGGAAAGUUUCCCUUUUCGAUAAGAAAUUGCGGUCGAA